UAAUCGCUGUUUGUUAUUCAUUUUUGCAGCUCAGAAUUUGGCGGCGAUUGAGAUCGGAGAUUGGAGGAGGCGAUGGCCGAUGAUGUCGCUAUUCCCGAUGAUAAUCACGAUUCGGCGGCGGCUGCCGAAUCUUUGAUCGAUAGAAUGGCCGCGUACACUUUGAACGACAACGACUCUGAUUCGGCCGCUUCGGAGUCCGACGACGACGAUGAUGAUUCCAACGAUAAAUCGCCGGCGUCUGUUAAGAGGACAAGAAUUUACCGCCUGUUUGGCCGUGAAAGGCCUGUCCACAAGGUUCUAGGCGGUGGAAAAACUGCUGAUGUAUUCUUAUGGAGGGACAAGAAAGUGUCGGCCACUGUGCUCGGUGUCGCCACUUCAAUCUGGAUGCUUUUUGAGCUGUUAGAUUACCACUUGCUCACCCUAAUUUGCCAUAUCCUUAUGCUUGCUCAAGUUUCUAUCUUUCUAUGGUCGAACAGUUCCUCGUUCAUCAACAAGCCCCGGCCUAAGAUUCCCGAAGUUUCCAUUCCAGAAGAUAUUGUUUUGGGGAUAGCUUAUACUUUUAGGAUUGAAUUCAAUGGAGCUUUCGCAAUCCUCAGAGACAUCGCAUCAGGCAGAGAUCUAAGGAAAUUCCUCUCUGUCAUCGCCUGCCUUUGGAUUCUUUCCGUCCUGGGAAACUGCUUCAGCUUCCUGACUUUAUGCUACUUAUGGGUCCUUUUGUUGCACACGGUGCCUGUGAUCUAUGAAACGUACGAAGAUCAGGUCGAUGCUUUCGCUGAGAAAGCCGAGAUAGAGCUGAGGAAACAAUAUGCCAUGUUCAACUCCCAGGUCCUGAGUAAAAUACCGAAAGGCCCGUUGAAAGACAAGUUCAUGUAGUAGGACUGUGAAGUGGAGAAGAAAGAACAUAAAGAAAGAAAGAAAGUUCUACAGCCACAGCCAUGUAUGGGGUAACUAAAAGUUUAACUAUGGUUAUUACAAUAUGUGCUGUGGAAUUGAUCAAGUAGUUGUUUGGAAGAAAAUCCAGGUUUGGUACCAACAGUUUUGAUCUGUCUGAUUUAGGACCAAUAGAUUGGUUCUGGGAUAAUAGUAAUUCUUUGCUAUGAAUAAGAAACGAUAUAUCUAUUUAUGUAUGGAGUUAGAAAAAUUGAAGAGAUGAUUUAGGCUUUAGGGUUUAUGUAGUUUUCUCUAAAUUUGUAUGAGAAUUGUUUUCUUGAAUUCUUACAGGGAGUG